AUGAAAGCAAGACUUGGUUUCGAAGGAUGUAUCACUGUCAGCAGUAACGGGCUGAGCGGAGGACUUGCCCUUUUCUGGUCUAGAGAGGUGGAUGUUAAGCUCAACAAUUUGUCAAACCAGCAUAUAGAUGCUAUGGUAAGGAAUGUGGGCAGCGACCAGAAGGAGUGGCGUUUUACAGGCUUUUAUGCCAAAGCAAAGAGGAGUGAAAGAAGUGAGAGCUGGACACUUUUAAAGUGGUUACGGUGUCAAAGUGACGUCCCUUGGUUGUGUGGCGGGGACUUUAAUGAGAUCACAGACAACAUGGAAUAUUUCGGGGCCAAUGAAAGAGCGGAAUGGCAAAUGCAAGGUUUUCGGGAGACCAUUGAUGAAUGCAAGUUUCAGGACAUGGGGUUUAACGGAAUCCCGUACACGUGGGAUAACCGUCAAGAAGGCGUGGCGAAUGUAAAGGUGCGCUUGGACAGAUACCUAGCCGACCCGGGCUUCAUCCAGAUGCAUGGAGACACGGGAGUGAGGCACGUUCCAUCCCCACAGUCGGAUCAUUGCAUGCUAGUCAUUAAGAUCAAGAAGCUGGUGGAGUGGGAGGACAUCGGACCUCGCCGUUUUGUUUAUGAGGAAGCAUGGAGACGGGAGGAGUCAUAUGAGCCCACGGUGGUGGCUGCAUGGGAGAAGGGAGCUCUUACACUUGAGGACCUCAACUCCUCUUUAAAUAACAUGCAGGGCCAACUCACCGAUUGGAAACAAAAGAAGUUUGGGGACAUAAAACAAAAACUGAAGAAAGUGAGAAAGGAGUUUGAGAGGGAGAAGGCGAACUCGCUAUACCGUGGUUCAUCCAGAAGGGAGAAGGAGUUAGCAAGGCAACUGAAUGGUCUUUUGUUAAAGGAGGAAAUUAUGGCGAGAGCACGGUCGAGAGCUGACUGGCUUAAGGCCGGCGACCAGAAUACUGGAUUUUUCCAUGCUCAAGCAUCAAGGAGGAAGCAUCAAAAUAAAAUCCUGGUGCUCGAGAAACAAGAUGGAACGAUUGUGGAUAGUAGGGAUGAGGUGAGAGCUGAGGUGCUGGCUAACAGGUUGAGGGAGAUCCUAGAUGAGAUCAUCGCGGAGGAGCAAAGCGCCUUUGUUCUAGGGCGGUUGAUUACGGACAACGCCAUCACAGCUUUUGAAUGCAUCCAUGCAAUGAAGAGGAAGAGAACUAAGCAAGGGUGGUGCGCGGUGAAGUUGGAUAUGAUGAAGGCGUACGAUCGCGUGGAGUGGCCGUAUCUCCAAGGAAUCAUGCUGCAGCUGGGUUUCUCGGAGGAUUGCAGGACACAUAAUUCCAACAUCUUCCCGCUCGCGCGAUUCUUACUCGACGCCCUCCGCCGACACCGGCGCUGGGGCCCUCCCGUCGUCGCCGACCUGUCCAAGCUCCGCCGCGUACCACCCAUCCUCGUGGCUGAGGUCCUCAGCGCGCACCCGCCACCACCUCCCCCGCUCGCCCUCCCCUUCUUCCACUGGGCCGGCCGCCAGAAGGGCUUCCGACACUGCUUCCCUGCGUUCCACGCUCUCGCCUCCCUCCUCUCCGCUGCAGGCCUCCCUGCUGCCGCCGAUCAGCUUCCCGACCUCAUUCGCUCCCACGGCAAGCCCGUCUCUCACCCUCAGCUCACACUCCUCGUCCGGCUUCACACCGCUGCACGCCGCCCCCUCCGUGCGCUCUACACGCUCCGCCGGUUUCGACAUGAGUUCUCUGUUCAGCCGCAGGUCCACGUCUGCAACCGUGUCCUCGGCGCUUUGACUGCGGCAGGCCAUGUUGAGGAUGCGCUCAAGCUGUUCGAUGAAAUGGCAGAAAGUGGCAUCAGGCCUAUGCCGGUCACAUUUGCAAUCAUCGUGCGUGCGCUGGGCCAGGAAGGGAUGGCGGAGAGGAUCCUAGAGAUGAUUGGGAGGAUGCGUGAUGAGGUGUGCCGGCCGGACGUGUUUGUGUACACCGCUCUGGUCAAGACGAUGGUGCGCAGGGGGCACAUGGAGGCUUGCAUCAGAGUGUGGGAGGAGAUGGGGAGAGAUGGUGUGGAGCCAGACACAGUGGCAUAUGCUACAAUGGUUGAGGGGCUAUGCAACGCUGGGAUUGUAGAGAAAGCAGCUAAAUUGUUUGAGGGGAUGAGGAAAAAGGGGUUGUUGGUUGACAGGAUCGUGUAUGCAUCACUCGUCGAUGCCUAUGUUGCUGCUGGGAGGGUUGGGGAUGGCUGUAGGAUUUUGAAGGAGAUGGUGGAUGCUGGCUACUGCGCUGACCUCAAAACAUACAACAUACUCAUUGCCGGUCUGUGUGGUAUAGGUCGGGAGGAUAAGGCACAUAACAUGUUUCAGAUUGUCCUUCAGGAGGAGCUAGUGCCAAGCUCUGAGACUGUUUCACAGUUACUAGUUUGCUAUGCUGAUAAGGGUGAGAUGGUUAACUUUUUUGGAUUGGUUGACAAAUUGGUUGAGCUGAGCUUGCCUGCCCUAGAAUUUUUAGCGGACUUCUUGAGGCUCUUUGCAUGCAAGGAUGGUAGGGAAUUGAAGACUCUGGAAUUGUUUAAGACUUUGAGACAAAAAGGGUAUUUCAGUGUUAACAUUUAUAACAUUCUUAUUGAGAAUCUGCUCAAGAUCAAGGAGAGGAAGAAAGCAUUAUUACUGUUUGAGGAAAUGAAAGCUUCAGAUGACUGCGAGCCAGAGUCAUGUACAUAUAGUCUUAUGAUUCCAUGUUUUGUGGAUGAAGGAAAUAUUGAAGAGGCUUGCUCAUGCUACAACUCCAUGAUGAAGGCUGAAUGGAUACCAAGUCUUUCAGCCUAUCGUUCGCUCGUGAAAGGGCUAUGCAAGAUUGGAGAGAUAAAUGCAGCUGUUUCACUUGUACCAGAUUGUCUUGGAAAUGUAGAGAAUGGGCCAAUGGAAUUCAAGUACACCUUAACUGUUAUUGAAGCUUGCCGGUCAAAAGACCCGGAGAAGGUCAUGAAAGUGGUGGUUGAGAUGAUUGAGUUAGGUUAUUUAAUAGACGAACUUAUCUUCUCUGCUGUCAUCUAUGGAUUCUGCAAGUACGCAACUUCAACUAGAGCUAGAGAGGUGUUCUCUGUUAUGAGAGAUAGGGAUAUUAUUUCGGAGGCUAAUUUUAUUGUUUACGAGGACAUGCUGAACGAGCACCUGAAGAAGGUCACUGCAGACUUGGUGAUAUCUGGAUUGAAGUUCUUCAACCUUGAACCAAAAUUGAAAUGGAGAAGCAGAAUUGAUUGAAAUAUAUUUGUACAGUUA